UCCAGGGAACACCAGUCACUGCCCACUCUAUCUCUUUCCGACUGCUUCUAAUUUUCUCAUUCCCUCUUUGUCAGUCUUUUCUGAGCUUAACACCUUCUGUUCAUCUUGUGGAUUUUAUGUCUCUUCUUUCCCUGCAGUUUUCUUAAUAGGGAGGAUAAAAACCAGCAUCUCACCGCUCUCUCCAGCCAUCCAACUUCCCUGACUGAGAGAACUCAAGCAGGAGAAGAGAAGGUGGAAGAUGGUGGAAGCGAGGCCCAGUCGGACACUACGAUGGCCAGACUGGCGACUGACAGUUUGCCUUCUGCUCUUCUGUAUGUUUGGGAUCGCAGUGGGCCGCAGAGCUCCCAAAACCCCACGGUGUCCAACCACAUGCUCCUGCACCAAAGACAGUGCCUUCUGCGUGGACACCAAAACCAUCCCUAAGAGCUUCCCACCAGGAAUCAUCUCCCUGACUAUGGUGAACGUUGCCUUCACAGAGAUCCCCGAGGGAGCCUUUUCACAUAUGCACCUAUUGCAGUUCCUGCUGUUGAACUCAAACACAUUCUCUCUGAUAUCUGAUAAUGCAUUUGCUGGUCUUGGACACCUGCAGUACCUAUUCAUUGAGAACAAUGACAUCCAAACCUUGUCUAAACAUACAUUCAGAGGACUAAAAUCUCUGACUCAUCUCUCUCUAUCCAACAACAAUCUACAGGUUCUUCCCAGAGAUCUCUUCAAACAUCUAGACAUCAUCACAGACCUAGAUCUGCGAGGGAACUCGUUCCGUUGUGACUGUAAGAUCAAGUGGUUGGUUGACUGGAUGGAGAAGAUCAACACCUCAGUUCCAGCCAUAUACUGCGCCAGUCCUUUUGAGUUCCAGGGCCGACGCAUCAGUGACCUCACCCCGAGCGACUUCAACUGCAUCAGUGCAGAUUUUGCAGUAUUUGAGACAUACUCCUUCCAGUCUCUGUCUGUGGAGUCAUACGAGUAUAAAGAUGACCAGUAUGUGGUUUUUGCUCAGCCCAACACUGGAGUCUGCGCCGUGUUUAUUUGGGAUCAUGUGAACAUGCUUUUCAAGACGCAUUACAACAUCACAUCUCGUUCUGCUGUCUAUUGUAAAUCUGUGGUUAUCAACAACACUCUUUACAUGGUUGUGGCCCAACUCUUUGGAGGAUCCCAUAUCUACAAAUGGGAGGAGGGCCCAUUGCGAUUCGUCAAAAUCCAGGACAUUGACACCACCCGUGUCCGCAAACCCAACUUCAUUGAGACUUUCCAGAUCGAAGGAGAAUGGUAUUUCGCUGUAGUUGACAGCUCCAAAGCUGGUUCAACCAGCUUGUAUCGAUGGAACAAUAACGGCUUCUACUCACACCAGUCUCUCCAUCCCUGGCACCGAGACACUCAUAUUGACUUCUUAGAGGUAGACGGCAAACCUCGCCUCAUACUCUCUAGCUCCUCACAGCCCCCGGUUGUGUAUCAGUGGAACCGCAGCCAACUGCAAUUUGUCUACCAUUCCCAGAUCACUGAUUCAGGUGACGUGCAGAUGGUGAAGCACUUCUGGGUAAAAAAAGUGCUAUAUCUCUGCCUCACACGCUUUAUAGGAGACUCAAAGAUCCUGCGCUGGGACAUCCAACGGUUUGUAGAGAUUCAAACCCUGCCGUCACGUGGUUCUAUGGCUGUGUAUCCAUUCAGUGUUGGAGUGAGGCAGUACAUUCUGCUGGGGAGCGAUUAUUCGUUCUCUCGGAUUUAUCUGUGGGAUGACCUCACUCAGAGGUUCCAGCCUUUCCAGGAACUGAACAUGCUAGCACCUCGAGGCUUUAGCCUGGUCUCUGUCGACAACAAGGAUAUUCUAUUAGCAGCAAGUUUUAAAGGAAAAACUAUGGCAUACCAGCAUCUAGUUGUGGACCUCAGUGCUAAGUAGGCUGCUGGAGACGUUAAACUGGGGUCCAACGGGCCGUUCAGACCGAACAUGUUUUUGUGUUAAAAAGGCUAGACGCAGCGACACGCAUAAAAUAGAACACAGGCUUCUGAAGACACGCUUUUAAAAGUUUACGUUUUUACUUGACACAGCACUCCUGCGUGAUGCUCUUAAAAAACAGCAGGAUUGGACAGACUGGUCAAAGACAUCUGUCUAAUGCAUAUUUACAUAAAACAAGACAGUUGAAAAGGUUCAGAUGGAGACAAAAACGCCUCCGGUGUGAGCGGCUUAUAAAGGAAUAUUGCAGGUUCAAAACAAGUUAAGCUCAAUCGACAGCAUUUUACGCAUCAUUUUGAAAAAUCGACUCAUUUGUCUUUAAAAACAAACAAAAACAGUGAUGCACUUACAAUGGAAGUGAAUGGGGCCAAAAUGUAGCCACAAGAAGUAAACAAUAUUUGUGUUAACAUGAUUUAAGUGCAAUUAAAUCACUUACUAACCUUUUCUGUGUCAAGUUGCAUAAAAUGUUAACAUAAUGCUGUAAACCCGAAAACCAUAAAACAAAUGUUGAAACAAAUAUACUAAAAUAAUACACAUGUUUUAACAGAAUAAUUAAUAAUUAAAUGAUAAGCUUCACAUUUUUGCCUUUAAAUCCUCCAAAAAUUCCCACCAUUCACUUGCAUUGUAAGUGCCUCACUGUAACCACAAAUGCUGUCGAAUGAGCUCAACAUGCAUGAACCCAAAAUGUUCCUUUUAGGCUGUAAAUGUAUAAAUGCCAAGGAUUGCAAAGGUCCUACAUUUCUGCUUGCAUACAUUAAUUAAUUCUGUCAUCACUAAUUAUCCUUACUGACACAUUAGUUCACAUUAGAGCCAUUACUUACUGUAACAGUGACCAAAUCCAUCAUUCACACAUUGGACCUCCAAAGGUAAACAUUUACCAUGUGUAUUGCAAUGUCUUACUCCAACAGAUUGUACAUUGUUUAGCUCUUUAAUAUAAAAAAGUGAAAUUCUAUUUUUUGACAGAUGCUACACCAUGAUUCAUGUAUAAGCAUAAAGUGAAAACAUCAGCUCAUACUUGUAGAAUAGUAUGUGUUUUCAACAAAAGCAGCAUGUACAUUUCCUUUCACCAGUUGAGCUAGACUGUUAAAGAAAGGCUUAAUCUAUGCACUGAUGAUUUUCUGAAAACGUUGGAUCAUUGUAGUUGGAAAACAAUACUCUGAAUUACAAAUUGGUACCUAUUUAUAAACACUCUGCUGUCAUCAGCAUGUUAUGCAAUAAAUAACGAUGGUAACCGUGGAAAUAAAGUU